UCAGCUCUUCGCCUUUUUUCCUUCACAAUCAAGUACUUACCUGUGUAUUUAUGUUUCAUUGUGGUUAUUUGAUUGUUUACCUGUUAAUAUAUAUUCUUCCAUGAUCAACCUUUCCUCAUCUUCAAUCUGUUUUGGCAUAAAUAUUGUUUAAUCCUCUUCCAACUACCUCAUCUUGUUCAUUUGGUUACCCAUUUUUUUUGCAACAUUUGCUGCUGUUGUUAUUUUUGUUAGUGCCUUUUGUUUAUGCUGUUGUUUCAUACUGUAUAUUUUAGUGUGUGAAAAUCAACAGUUUAUUUGCUUAUCAUCGCACAUCAUUCUGUUCUUCUUUCAGCUCUUAUCAAACAUUAUCAUGAUUUACUAAUGGAUAUUUAUCAUCUUUGGGUUACCUUUUCAUUUUCUCUUUUCAACUUUUCAUCAUAGUUAUUUAUUUCCAUUAUUUUUUCUCUCUCUCACACACUCUUUCUGCCUUUCUCUUUUUCUCGUAAUCUUCACUUCAAACUCAAUCUGAACGAUUCAUCCUCGGAAUUUAAUGAUAGUGGUUCACCCCAUAAGUGCAUCAUCAUUGAUAGUUUUAUAUCUUUCAAAUGGUCAACUCAAAGUGUCCAAUGUUAAUUACGUUGAAUUUACCAUCUUCGACUAUUAUAAGUUUAAUAUUCAACAAAUCAACACCAGUUUGACAACGCGUCACUAUAUUUUUAGUUUUAUCAGCAUCUUAAUCAUACUUUCAACAAGUUCUAUUGGUAUCAACACCACCAUCACCUCUGCCUCAUUUAAUAACUCACCUAAUUCAAGAUGCCUUUAAAUGUUUGCCCUCACGACAACUCAAUCAACCUUAUCCCCGGAACUUUCCUCACCAAUUCCAGCUCAACAGUAUCAACAGUCAUCAGUGAUGAUUACAACUACUGGACCCAUUGUAUCAAACUGUGUCCAACCAUCAGUAAACUUCAAUCACAAUCAACAAGUGAGUUCCACAGUAUCAUUGAAAACAGAAUCAACAGAGUUAUCUUCAACAGCAUUAGCAACCACAACCUCAACAGAAUCAACAAAUACGUUUUCAAUGAGAAGCAAUUUUGCUCCAAUUCAAGAAACUGCCCUGACAGAAAGAAAACCGCUGUCAAACCCUGUUGUUUCCGUUGUCGUCGGUCAACAGAAAAAAAGUUGCAAUUCAUCAAAUCGACUUGUAGCUGCCAUUACUGUAAUAAAUACCAUUCCCGCCACCUCAUGUACCAACUCAAGAAACCUACAAACUUCACAAGACUUUUUUUAUGUAAACCAAGCAAAGAUAAUUUCCAAUCGCUAUUACUCGAAAUCAGCCUUUAACCAUGGAUACUUAAUGAAGGCAAUCAACAGCAGGUUACUUAUUGCUAACCUAACCUUGUUCCUUUUUCUCUUAACAAAUUUCCCAGCGGUUCAAUCAACCAUCACGGUUUCCAAUAGAUUUGGAUCAAGUAACAAUCUUAUUCCUCAUCAACCAAUUAAUAAUAAUGAUGUCAACUCCUUAUACCAUCAACGAUCGGCCCUAUUGUCUUCAUCUUCAUUACCAUCUUCAUCAUUUAGCUCAUCGACAUCAUCUUUACAGCCAUCUGAACCAUCUAACUCUCACUCUUUACCUUCACCUUCACCUUCAUCGUCACCACCAUCGUCAUCUUCCUUUUCACCUUAUUCUUUAGGAGCUGUUUUAAACGGUGUAUCGCCCAACGAUAGUUGCCCAGCUAAUCUGAGUUUUGAUUGGAAAACUGAUUGUUCCGUGGGACCAGUCCUUAAAAUUGGAUACCUAACCAACAUCUAUGGCAGAGCAAAUCCUAAACGUCAAGGACUGGUUAUUUCUGGAGCCAUUACUUAUGCCAUUGAAAAAAUUAAUUCCAAUUCAACCUUUCUCAAUGGAACUCGACUCGAAUUUAUUUAUAAUGAUACUUUAGGAGAAUCAUUACAAAGCACGGCAGCCAUGCUUUAUCAAUGGUCUAAAGGUGUGAUUGGUUUUAUCGGCCCAGAAGAUUCAUGCGAUGUUGAAGCAACAAUUGCAGCUUCUCUAAAACUUCCAAUGAUCAGCUAUAAAUGUGCUGACUCUAAAGUCUCCAGGAAAGAUUUUUAUUCAACUUUUGCACGAACUUAUCCACCAGACACCCAAGUGAUUCGAUCUGUGAUAGCUCUCCUAGGUUAUUACAAAUGGAUGAAAUUUUCCAUCAUUUAUGAAAAUACACCUCAGUACACUAUUGUCGCUAAAAGUUUAGCUCGUCGCGCAUCAUCUGUAGAUUUCACUAUAAAUUCUGAAAGGCCUUUUGAAAAUUUUUUCUCCUGCUGUGAAGAUAAAAGGCCUUGUUGUCAGAAUCCAUUUCUCUCCAUAAUCGAGGAAACCCAUAAAAGUACCCGUAUUUAUGUCUUUCUAGGUGGCAUCCGAGAUCUCAUUAAAAUGCUUCUUGUCUUGAGAAUAAAAAAUCUACUCGAAAAUGGUGAAUACAUGAUUAUCUAUGUUGACUUUGAAUCUUAUUCAGAAAGUCAUUCCUAUAAAUAUAUCUGGCGAAGUGAGAUGAAUAAAGAUGAUGUUAGAGCAACUUUGGAAGCGGCCCGAUCUCUCCUGGUAAUUGUUCCCUCUCCUCCUCGCGGCCAAGACUAUUCCGAUUUUGAGGACAAAGUUCGCUUCUAUAAUGGACAACCACCUUUCAAUUUUCCAAGACCUUUCGACGGACUUAACAUGAAGAAACACAUCACCAUUUUUGCCUCUUAUCUUUAUGAUGCGGUUAUGUUGUACGCUGAAGCAGUCGCCUCCAUGUUAGCUGAAAAAGUGUGUCCCAGGAAUGGAACCGAAGUGAUCAAAAGAAUAAUUGGAAGAAAAAGAUAUCAAUCGGUUACUGGAACAUGGAUGUUGAUUGAUGAAAAUGGUGAUGUUGAGGGUAACUACACAGUAUUAUCCCUUCUUCAGGCCGAUUCCGUUGUAAAUUUGACUGGCAUUCGUAACAUAACUUUUCACCAUCUUAUGCUUCCAGUGGGCUCAUUUGAGUACGAUGAAACAACCAAUGAAACAAUCUUUCGGUUAGAUAAAGCAAUUGCCUGGGUUUCUGGUAAACCACCUGUUGAUGAGCCACCAUGCGGAUUCGAUGGGUCCAAGUGUUUAGGGCCGGAAAAUAAUCAGCGAGAGAUAAUUGCUGGAAUACUUGCUGGUCUAUUUAUUACAACAUUUCUGAUCACUGCAGUAACUUAUCGAAAUUGGAAGUAUGAACAAGAAAUUGCUGGUUUACUUUGGAAGAUUCAGUUACGUGAAUUAAAUCUAUAUUACAACGAAUCAAGUCCUCUAUCCACAUCUCGAGCGUCUCUUGGUUCGGUUGUAUCUGGUGAAUCAAGGCUUUUUCAUCAAGCUUAUACUCAGACUGCAAUCUAUCGAGGAACAAUUGUCGCUGUAAAGGAGUUGAGGUUCAGUCGUAAAUCAAUUGACUUACCACGCGAGAUAAAAAAGGAGAUGAAAUUAUUGAAAGAAAUUCACCACGAUAAGAUUAAUCCUUUCAUUGGUGCUUACAUUGAACCUAAUUGUGUUUAUAUCGUGACAGAAUAUUGUGCCAAAGGAAGCUUACAAGAUAUUCUUGAAAAUCCCAAUUUCAAAUUAGAUUGCAUGUUUAUUGCCUCUCUUGUGUUUGACCUUAUUUCAGCCAUGAUUUACCUUCACGAAUCAGAUAUCAAAGUUCACGGUAAUUUGAAAUCAACCAAUUGUCUGAUAACAUCUCGUUGGGUACUUCAAGUAACAGAUUUUGGUUUACACCAGCUACGAAAAUCAGCUGAUCAAGGCUCAAUGGUUAACUCAGACAACUAUUACCGUAAUUUAUUGUAUACAGCACCAGAGUUACUAAGAGAGCCUCAAGUAAAGGGAACACAGAAAGCUGAUGUUUAUGCUUUUGCAAUUAUUUUACACGAAAUUAUUGUUCGCGAAGGUCCAUUUAACCUCAAUUCAGAAGAGAACAAGUUUACACCAAGUGACAUCAUUGCCAAAUUAACCCAACAACCAACUGGACCAGAUGAUUUACCCUUCAGGCCUAAUCUAGUAAUUUUACAAUGUCAAGAGUAUAUUAUUAAUACAAUGAAAGAUUGUUGGUCUGAAUAUCCUGAUUUAAGGCCAGACUUUCGUACAAUCCGUACUCGUCUUAAAAAGAUGCGUGUUGGUCUGAAAGCAAACAUUAUGGACAAUAUGAUGGCAAUGAUGGAAAAAUAUGCCAACAAUUUGGAAGAAUUGGUUGAAGAAAGAACUGAACAAUUAGCUGAAGAAAAGAAGAAAACUGAAUCACUAUUAGAUAGGAUGUUACCUAAAUCAGUUGCUGCUCAAUUAGUUAGAGGUGAAAGUGUCUGUCCAGAAUCAUUUGACGCGGUUACCAUAUUUUUCAGUGACAUUGUCGGUUUUACUGCAAUGUCAGCUGAAUCAACACCAAUGGAAGUUGUAAAUUUUCUCAAUGAUUUGUAUACUCUGUUUGAUUCCAUAAUCACUAAUUACGAUGUUUACAAAGUGGAAACAAUUGGUGAUGCUUACAUGGUAGUUAGUGGUUUACCCAUACGAAAUGGUGAUAAACAUGCCUCCGAAAUUGCUUCCAUGGCUCUGGAAUUGUUGGAUUCUGUUAAAACAUUUAAAAUCCAUCACAGGCCCGAUGAAACUCUUCAAUUACGCAUAGGCAUUCAUACAGGUCCAGUUGUUGCUGGUGUUGUUGGUUCAACUAUGCCUCGAUACUGUCUAUUUGGUGAUACAGUGAAUACAGCUUCAAGAAUGGAGUCUUAUGGUGAAGCACUCAAAAUUCAUAUAAGUCCACAAUGUCGUAAUCAUUUAACUAAACUCGGCGGUUAUUUGAUCGAGGAAAGAGGUUUUGUUAAGCUGAAAGGCAAAGGUGAAAUAUUAACCUAUUGGCUAGUCGGUCAUAUUGAUGGCAUCCAAGCUCGUCGUGAUGUAUCUGGAAGUCAAACUGAAUACAAUAGUCUACCAACAGGAUUGUUUGCUGAAUUAACCUAACAUAGCUUAAUUAAAGCAAAAUUUAUAGUGAAAUGUGAAAAAAUAAGCUUAUUAUAAGCAAAGUAAUAUUUUAAAACAAAAGAAAGAGAAAUGUCUUGAAAAAUAUUAAAAAAAAUAUUCAUUCUUAAAGCUCAUA